AUGGACACAGACACAAUGGCGCAACCCAGCGUGAUGACGAAUCUUCACCACCGCAAAGUCGAACUCCAAUCCCCCAAUGACCUGACAUACCUGCAAUCCAACCUCGUCGCCUGCGCGCGUCAAAAGUUAGAUCUCCAUUUCCCUCCCUCGGCUGCGGUGCAGGGGAAAAUCCCCCAGGCUGCAAUGCCAGCGACGACGAUACACUUAGACGGGGUCCAACCGACCGGAGCAGAGCAGUCUCGCGACGACACACAAGGCCGGGAUGGGGAUCGGGACGAGGUUAAGGAGGAGGAGGAGGAGGAUCCGCUACGUGCGCGCGUGCGCGCCGUCGUCGAUGCCUUCAUCGCGCGCACCUGGGAGGGCGCGUGCAAAAACAUCACCGUCAACGGGCUGGACGCGACGAAUCUCCCCGCCGCUGCAACUUCCGCGCCUGGCGGCCAGCAGCAGGAGGAAGAACAGAAAGAGGAGACCGAGGGGGUCGACUUUGUCUACUCGGCGUACGACAGCCGGCUACAGGCGCAAGUCGCGUCUCUCUACGGCGAACUCGAGACGUUGACCACGCAAGUGAGCAAGUUGAGAAGGACGGCACCAGCGCAGGGAGCAGAGACCCUCGCGAAGAGGUUGCGGGAAGAGAUGGAGGCGGACGAUCUCGAAUUCGAGAAACGUAUGGCGAAGUUGCGAGGAGCAGAUGCAGCAGCCAACGACGACAUUCUCAAACUGAAGCCGCUAAUAAGAGAAGGAUGGUUCGACGACGUCAACGCCAUGUAUGAACGUGGCACGAACGAGCUUGCGGCGCUGGCUGGUAUUAAGGGAGCCCAAGCCCAAGGCGAAGAAGCUGAUCACCAACGAGUGUAUGGCGCGAGUUUGACAGAGACGUUGGGCAAAAUCCAACGUGCGAGGACGGUGGCUAUGGAGUUUGAGUGA